UUGGAAGACCAUACCAAAUAAAGUCUGUUUACUUGAUAAAUUAAUUGACUAGGAGGAGGAAAACAAUAAUAGAGUUAGAAUUAUAUUGAAUUAUUGGUUCCAGUUUGAGUAUUCCUUACAGAAUGUCUCAGCACCACAUAUUAUUCUCAGUACUUAUACCAAUAUUCCAUAGCCAUUGUUUUAUUAGCUAGCCACAUGAAGGCUACUAGUGUCUUGUUUUUUGCAUUCUUGGUGUAUUUGAGUCACUUGAAAUGUGAUUCUAGGGACAUCAUAACUUCAAGCAACAUAUUAUCUGAGAAAAGGGAAACUCUUGUGUCAGUUGGACAGAUAUUCGAGCUUGGACUCUUUAACACUACAUCUGAGGAUGGAGAAUUUAGAAAUUAUGUUGGCAUAUGGUACCGGGAGAGUCCCAAAACCAUUGUGUGGGUAGCCAAUAGGGACAAACCAAUUCCAAUAUCAGAUAAAAUUUUGGUACUUGUAAUUGAUGACGAUGGUAAUCUCAAAGUGUUGGACUCAACGAGGAACACAUAUUUCUCAACACAACUCGCUAAUGCAUCUUCUUUUAAGCGUACAGCAAAGCUCUUUGACUCUGGAAACUUGGUUUUACUUGAUGAUAUGUCAGGCAAGAGAUUGUGGCAAAGUUUUGACAACCCCACUGACACCUUCCUUCCUGGUAUGAAAAUGAACGCUGCAUUGAAGUUGAAUGCUUGGAGGAUUACCCAAAAGGAUCCCAGCACUGGAAAUUACACGUUUCGGCUAACUCAAGCAGCCAACUCCGAGUACACCAUAUUCCAAAAUACGAUCCUCCACUGGAAAGGCUCUGCUCCUGCUGCUUAUGCCAAUCCCUUUAGUUUCAGGGAAAUUCCCUCUUUUGUGGUGUCAAUGUUAAACAGUUCGAGUGGGGAGUCUCACAAUACUUCUUAUAAUAACACAAGGACUGAUACUAUUACUUCUGUGUCAGUCUUUAAUUACAUAAGGCUACUAAUGAAUUACUCAGGGGAAAUACAAUUAUAUGGCUGGAGUAACGAGAGUAGAGGGUGGUUUCAGAUGUGGUCAGAACCGCAAGAUCCAUGCGGUGUGUAUGAAAAGUGUGGGAAAUUUGGAAUUUGUAACAGUGGGUUUAUGUCACUGUGCAAGUGUUUGCCAGGAUUUGACCCUUCUUCUCCAGAUGAUUGGAUGGCUGGGAAUUAUAUUGAUGGUUGUUCGAGAAAGUCAGUUAGUAGUUGCAACAAGAAGUCACAAUUCGACAUGUUCUUAAAUAUGCGCUUGAUGAAAUUUGAGGAGCCAGACAUUCCAUAUGUGGAGGCUAAAAGUGAAGAAGAUUGCAGAAAGGGGUGUCUAGGAAACUGUAAGUGCCUAGCAUAUUCAUAUUUUGAACAACCAACAGCAGACAGAGAAACUUCUAGCACGGGAACUGUACCUAGUUGCUGGAUUUGGACGAGUGAUCUCAACAAUCUUUGGGAGAACUAUACCGGUGGCUUCAACCUCUCAGUCCGCGUAGCAAUUACUGAUAUUGGAGCAGUAACAAGGAGAAAUUGCAAGCCUUGCGGCUCAAACAUUAUACCUUAUCCGUUGAGCAGUCAACCAAAUUGUGGGGAUCCUUUGUAUUAUAGUUUUUCUUGUGAUGAUUUAACUGGAGAAGCACGUUUCCGGACACUGAAUGGCUCGUAUCCUGUCAUUGACAUAGUUGAGGAAAACAGAACAUUUGUAAUACAAGUGCAUGCAGAAAAUGCUGGUAAUUCAUGUGAUACCAAAACUCAAGUUUUAUGGCUCAAUCAGUCAUUGCCCUUUCAUCGUACAAACUGGUGUUACGAAGGAAAAUCACAAAUCCUCAGUUCUGGUGGAUUUAGAAAUGAAAUACAGAUCAUGUGGAAACCACCACCAGAGCCUACAUGCAGUACUUCUGCAGAUUGUGUGGAUUGGCCAAAUUCAAGUUGCAACAUCAGGGAGGGACAAGGUCAGAGAAGGUGUCUAUGCAAUCAAUUCUACAAAUGGGAUGAUUUAGCUUUAAAUUGUACCAGAGAGCAUACAGAACAUGGAGCAUGGAGUGGAGAGAAGGCAACAUCCUUGAAUCUGAAAGCCCUGAUUAUUUCUGUGAGUCUAGCUGCUGGAACUAUAAUCAUUUGCUAUGUAAUGUACCAUAGAAAAAAGGUUGCAAGAAGGAAAGCUAAAAAAAUAAUAUUGGGGAAUGGGAUAGAGUACUUGUCCGAGAGUGGAGGUUCAUCUAAAUAUUUGGUAACCGAAGAUGAUAAGAAACGGAUCGAUAUCCCAUUUUUCAACUUGGAAAGCAUACUAGUCGCUACGGACAACUUCUCAGAUGCAAACAGGCUUGGUCAAGGUGGAUUUGGCCCUGUUUAUAAGGGUAAGUUCCCUCAAGGGCUAGAAAUGGCAGUGAAGAGGUUGUCAAGUCAUUCUAGUCAAGGUGCUGAAGAAUUUAAAAACGAAGUAAUGCUAAUUGGAAAACUCCAACACAGAAAUCUAGUCAGACUUUUGGGCUACUGCAUCGAGGAGAACGAAAAGAUCUUAUUAUAUGAACUCAUGCCCAACAAAAGCUUAGACACCCGUAUAUUUAAUCACAGUGUAGGGCCGUUGUUGGAUUGGAAUAUCCGCUUCGAAAUUAUAUUGGGUAUUGCUCGUGGGCUUGUUUAUCUACACCAUGACUCCAGGUUACGUAUCAUUCAUAGGGAUCUAAAGACGAGCAAUAUUCUAUUAGACGAAGAGAUGAAUGCCAAAAUAUCAGAUUUUGGUUUGGCCAGGAUUUUUGAAGGAAAAACUAUUGAUGCUAAGACGCGAAUAAUUGCCGGAACUUACGGCUAUCUUGCACCAGAAUAUGCAUUGGAAGGACUUUUUUCAAUCAAGUCUGAUGUUUUUGCUUUUGGGGUGGUUGUACUGGAAAUCAUUAGUGGAAACAGAAACUUGGAUUUUCUUGAACACACAAACCUCUUGGGUCAUGCUUGGAAACUGUGGAUGGAAAAUAAGGCAUUGGACAUAAUGGACCCAAGUCUAGUAGAUACAUUCAAUGAAAUUGAAGUAGUAAAGUGCAUAAACAUAGCACUCUUAUGUGUGCAAGAAGAUCCAGGUGAUAGACCAAUCAUGUCAAAUGUGAUAAUUAUGCUUGGGAGUGAAAGCAUGCCUCUUCCAAGACCUAAUCAACCAGCUUUUGUCACAAGGAAAAAUUACACAACAGCAGCUACCACAUCUUCCUCCUCUUCUUAUAAUUAUAAUAAUAGUUAUUAUAAUUCAUACACUGGCUCCAACAAUGAAUUGACCAUCACUGAUGUGCAGGGCCGAUAGAUACUUGUAAUUCAUGAAGCAUAUUCUAGUAAAUUUUGCACGAUAACGGACAUGUUAAAUACAUAUUCUAAGGCUAGCUUGUGUGAAUUUGAUUCUGCAACAUUGUGCGUAGAAUGACAAACUUCAUGUGUAUCUCAAGUAUAACAUAUUGAAUGUAAAUAUGGUAAUUUGUAUAUUGUAGUAUUAAUUAUAGGCCUAAUAGGUUAGGGUUAACAGUAAAGACAAUUAUUCUCUGGUAUAUAAAUACUUAGUAUUGGUAAUGAGAA